CACGCGUGGGGUUGACGAGACGAGGCUUUUCCCACCCGCUCUUUCCCACGACAUCACGCUCCCAGACACAGCCGAGCAAGACCCACCCAUGCCCGACGAGAUCUACCACCACCUCCUCCGCGGCGCCGUCGCAGAAGGGAACCUCUUCCAAGUCAAGCGGUUCAUUUCGCGCAAGGGGGUCCCAUUACAAUGCCCCGACCCGACGAACGGAUGGCCGAUUUUGUUUUAUGCGAUGCGAUGGUGCCAGAAUGAGGUUGUCGGGUGGCUGUUGGAAUGUGGGCAUGAUGGGGGGGAGAUUAGUAAGGACUUUGCGAACAAUACGGCGUUGAUGGUCGCAGCGAACUAUAAGAAUGAGCAGGCCUUCAUGGACUACAUAGACCUAUACCCUCAAACGAUCAACAUGACUAACGACGACGGCAAAACUGCCCUGAUCAUCGCUACCGAGCGCGGGAUGAACGGGAUCAUUGAGACACUCUUGGAUAUGGGCGCUAACGUUAACUCGACCGACAGUACGGGGUCUACGCCGCUUCAUCACGCCGCCUCAUGGGGCUACUUUGACACGAUUACAUUAUUGAUGUCCCGCGGGGCGUUCUACAACGUGAAGAAUCAAAGAGGAUGGACGCCGUUUGAUUGGGCUUAUAGUGUUGAGACGCGGGAUCAUUUGCAAGAAUGCGCAACAGCAAUAGCGGAAAAGAAACCAUUGCCGUUACAAACAGCCGUACAUCGAUCCGGGAGCGGGAUCCCGCAAUCGCCGUCUGUGAGCGCAUUUGCGCCGUUGCAGCCGAAUAAGUUGGACCUGAGGACAUUCUUUUGAUGUCGGGAGGAGAGGGGGUUGGGUGGGGAGAGGGCAAGUUGAGCUUGGGCCUUUCCACUUCGAUCUUUUUUUUUUUUGGAAUUUGCGUGGGAGUAUGAGUUGGGUGAGAGUCGAGAGAGUUCAAUCCAUAUGGUAAAUUCCCGGUGCAUAUCUUAUGUCGGUGUGAAAACAUCGUCCAGUAUAUUAUGAGCAGCCUCCGAUAUCAUCAU